AAAACGUAUAAUUUUGGGGAAAUCAUAAAAUUGUAUCUGGCAACCCUGAAUGACGCCGCUUCUAAAAAGACUGUUUUCAACACUAUUCAAUAAUUCACUAAAUUGUACAUUUCUGAAGAGCAAGAGGAUAUAAAAGUGCAUAAAAAUGACGACCAUAGGUCCAAAGAAAGAUGGUGGCCCCAAUGUGGAAUAUUUUCAAUCUUCAGAAUCACUGGCUCAAUUUGACCAAAUUCGUGUUUGGUUGCAGAAAAAUUGUAAAAAGCAUGUUCAAACUGACCCACCUACUAAAGAAGGGCUGGCACAGCUCGUCAUACAACUUAUUCAGUAUCAAGAAAACAAAUUGGGAAAGAAUGCUUCUGACCCUCCUUUCUUGAGACUUCCAAUGAAAGUGUUCAUGGACAUGAAAGCAGGUGGUUCUCUUUGCACAGUGCUCGCCACCAUGUUCCGCUUCAAGUCGGAGCAGCGGUGGCGCAAGUUCGACUUCCAGAAUCCCUCUCGCAAGGACUUGAAUGUGCAAAUGAUGAUGGAGAUUGAAUCCGCACUGGUCUCCUCUGAGUUCAUCAGGACCCCGUGCGUGUACAUACGCCCAGAUGUUGAUAAAGCCACGGCUAACAAAGUGAAGGAUAUUGUUGGCCAUCAUCAAGGAGAUAUUUGUGAAGACGAAGAGGACGCGACUCACAUAAUCUACCCGACGGUUGACCCGUUAGAAGAAGAGUACGCCAGGCCUGUAUUCCGUCGUGGCAACAACGUGCUAGUUCACUGGUACUAUUUGCCCGACAGCCAUGACACUUGGGCGCAGGCCGAUUUGCCGGUGGAUGUGCCAGAAACUGUUAGCUGGGAUUGCAACAGGGCGGAACCAUGGCGCGUAUCUGCUUCUUGGGUUCUCGACCUACCACAAUACAACGAAUGGAUGAACGAAGAAGACUAUGAGCUAGACGUCAAUGGGAAGAAGAAGGUACAUAAACUGCGUUUGUCUGUGGACGACUUGCUCCCUGGCGCGGAACCUUCCGGUAAAGGCAAGAAAGGCAAGAGGAAGCGCUCCCCCUCCCCGCCCCCGCAGAAGCAUGGCAAGAGGAAGAGCCGGAUCUCGAAGCGUCGCGAGAACGAUGCGGAGGAUGAGGAAGACAACGCCUCGCGAGAUAACACAGAUGCUGCGCCCACGCCGGAGAAUGAACGAUCCUCAGACACUCCUGCCGCGGUUGCGGAGCCCCCGCCGCCCCCAGUUCCGGAAGCGCCCGCGACCCCGGCGCCUCCCAUCGACACGCACGACGACUCCCAAGGGAAACACUCGGACUCAAACACGCAGGAAAUGAUAACCAAAGAAGAGUUGGAAGACAACGUCACCGACCAGACUCAUCAUAUAGUGGUUCCGUCAUACUCCGCCUGGUUCGACUACAACUCCAUCCAUACCAUAGAGAAGAGAGCGCUGCCAGAGUUCUUCAACGGCAAGAACAAGUCUAAAACGCCAGAAAUAUAUCUAGCUUACAGAAACUUCAUGAUCGACACAUACCGGUUGAAUCCCACUGAAUAUUUAACAAGUACAGCGUGUAGAAGAAACCUGGCCGGAGACGUCUGCGCCAUCAUGAGGGUCCACGGGUUCCUGGAGCAGUGGGGGCUGAUCAACUACCAGAUCGAAGCAGAAUGCCGACCCACGGCGAUGGGUCCGCCGCCCACUUCCCACUUCCAUGUGCUUUCUGAUACUCCAUCAGGAUUGCAGCCAUUAGUAGCCCGACCGCCGCAGACUCGACCAGCGGAGAACGCAGCAGUCCCCAAAGUGGAAGCAGGCCUCCCCAACGGCACGGAAGCGGGCGCUCCCGCCGGCACUGCGGCCCCGCCUGCAGCUGCGCCUACGCCUGCCCCAGCCCCUGUCGUGCCUAAACUGGAGCCGGGACUCGAACUGGGGACUUCACCCGCACUCAAACUAGACCAGUACCGUGGCGGAGCACGCGGCCGAGAAUGGACAGAACAAGAAACAUUACUUCUACUCGAAGCUUUAGAACUUCACCGCGACGAUUGGAACCGAGUGGCGGCGCACGUGGGAACUAGGACACAAGAUGAAUGCAUUCUGCACUUCCUAAGGCUGCCCAUAGAAGAGCCUUACCUUCACGACCCCGCCUCAGGUGGCGUCUUAGGGCCUCUAGCCUACCAACCCAUUCCCUUCAGCAAGACCGGCAACCCUGUGAUGAGCACCGUGGCCUUCUUGGCCUCGGUUGUCGAUCCUCGCAUCGCCUCAAAGGCCACGAGAGCCGCUAUGGAUGAAUUUGCAGCUAUCAAGGACGAAGUACCCGCCGCCAUGAUGGAGGCCCACGUGAAAGCGGCCGGGGCCCAGGGCGCCGGCGCCGCGCUGGCUGCCACCGGCAUCGCCGGCACCGCGCCUGAUCACGAUGCGCCCCCUGCGGCCGUGUCUACUACCAGUGAUAAGAAGGAAGAGAUGAAAACUGAACCAAUGGACGUUGAAGAUAGCGAGGCGAAGGUCAAAGAGGAAGCUCCAGAGACACCCGCCACUGAAGACAAGGACAGCAAGGAAGCUGCAUCACCGCAACCUGAUGCACCAGCGGCAGUAGACGCUAAACUACAAUCUGCCGCUGCGGCCGCUUUAGCCGCCGCCGCAGUUAAGGCGAAACAUUUAGCGGGAGUGGAAGAACGAAAGAUAAAAUCCUUGGUAGCACUGCUGGUGGAAACACAGAUGAAGAAACUGGAGAUUAAACUAAGACACUUCGAGGAACUGGAGGCUACUAUGGAGAGGGAACGAGAGGGAUUAGAAUACCAACGGCAGCAACUUAUCCAGGAGAGGCAACAGUUCCACCUGGAACAGUUGAAGGCGGCAGAAUUCCGAGCUCGUCAUCAAGCCCAUCAGAGGUACACAGCUUUAAAAAUGCAAACGGAGAGCGGUGGAGCGACGGCUACACCAGCACCGGAACAACCGCCGCCGGAACCGCCUGCGCAACCACAACACCACACCUAAACUACUACCACACCACACCACUCAUUAUAAUAUAAUUAUAAGGAAAGUCCGGACAUUUUCUAACAUGAAAGAAUACAAAAAAAUAUUAUACCGUGUAAUUAAUAGAAAAAAACUCUAUAGCCAUAAAUUUCCAACGCUUUAAAAUAAUAUGUACACUGAACAUUUUGUUCCUAAAGAGAACAACAAGAAUAUAAUAAGAAUGGAACAAUCUUUGAAUCAUAGUCGAUUCAAUUAAAACGAACUUAGGAAUUCAGUAAUUAAUAACAUUUGGAAAACCAGAAUUUGAUAUUUGUUUUUUAAUAUUUAUAAUACCAGGAAUUGUAAAUAAUUUAAUAAUAUAUAAAUGCCUACAGAAAUUCACAUACCAAAAUGGUGAAACAUAGACAGGACUAAUACUUUUAGUGUACCUAUGUUUAUGAAUAAAUUAAUUCUAUUCUAUUUAAAAUGUGACUUUGUCACAGUGAAAUAUUGACUGUACCCAUUUCUAUAUCCGCGGAAAUAUGGCGUUUCAGGCGUAUUUAGAGUAAUCUCUGUAGUUUCCUAAAUAUUUUGGUUUUAUAACGUCGAAGUAUUUUAUUUGUGAUUUUAGACAGCAACAAAAAAUGUUGCUUUGUUGCGAACUCUUUAUUUUAGUUUUAACUCUAUCUCAAAGUGAAGGAAAUGUGAAGUCUGUUGAAAAUGGGUAAUAUGGAAAACAAAUAACAUAUCUAUACAUUUUUAACUUUUUUGUUUUAUUGUUUGAUAAAAAGAAUAAUGAGCUGGAACAUUAUUAUUAUUUUGAUUUCUCUCACCCAGAUUAAAGUGGAAGCAACACAGUUGAUAUUAGCUUCUAUCCGUCUGAAGCGAGUCAUUAGUGCUCUUCCGUCUGAAGCGAGUCAUUAGUGCUCUUCCGUCUGAAGCGAGUCAUUAAUGCUCUUUAUAUUCCAUAAAAUAAGUAUAAAAAGACUUUAAUAGACAUUUCUUUUUAAGCACUUUAUUUUUUUAACAUAUCAGAAUGUGAGUUUAGUACAAUUUCAUUACAAAAUUGAAGAUCUGCUAAUAUUGUAUUUCGUUAAGAAAUUCGAUUGAUCAGGUAAUAAAAUUAUUUAAUUUAUUGUAACUGGAAAUGUGUAGAAUGAAAAAAAUAUAAAUGGUCGUUUGCGUUCUAGGUGAUGUGAGGCACACCUAAUAAGUGUUUAGCUGUAAUUAUAUAAUAAGUUUUAUAAUUAAUAAGGUACAUUAGUAACCAUAAUGUUAUGUGCAGUAACAAUACGUUAUGGAAUAAAAAUUCGUAUUAUACACGUAAACUUGUUUCAUUU